AUGGCGGCCGCCUCGGUGUGGAAGGGGCUGGUGGGGCUCGGCCUCUUCGCCCUGGCCCACGCGGCCUUCUCGGCGGCGCAGCAUCGUUCUUAUAUGAGAUUAAGAAAAGAAGAUGAAACGUUGCCCGUAGAUAUAGUUCUUCAGACUCUGUUAGCCUUUGCAGUUACCUGCUAUGGGAUAGUACAUAUCGCAGGAGAAUUUAAAGAUAUGGAUGCCACUUCAGAACUAAAAAAUAAGACGUUUGACACAUUAAGGAACCAUCCGUCUUUUUAUGUAUUUAAUCAUCGUGGUAGAGUAUUGUUCCAGUCCCCAGACACAGUGAAUUCUUCUUCAAACCAAGAUGCUUUGUCAUCCAGCUCGUCACUGAAAUUUCGAAAACUUGAACCUCUGCGCCGCUAAGACUUUUACAGAUUAUAAUAAUAAUCCAGGACACUGAGAUGUAAUAUUCAAGUCGGGGAUGUAAACACUUUUUUAAUUUCUGGAGCAGUAUUUAUAUUGAUCUUCCAGACUUUAUAAAGUAUAUAUAUAUAAACUAAGGACCUUCUUUGUACACUGUUAAUGAAAAUGACUGAAUUGUGAAUUGGCAAUGCAGUGUAAAUUAUUCUACAGUUAUGCUGUGAAACACAUCUUCAAAUUUUCAUAUAUUAAAAUGAGUUGCAGCUGUCUUCAGUUAAAACAAAAAGCAAGCUAGUUUUUACUGCAAUUAAUGUUCUUUGACAAGAGGGAAUGUUUGAGUGCUAUUUAUUUUCUCAGUUUGCUUGCACUACAGUUUAUGGAACUCCUUCAGAAAUACUGUGUGCACUGCAUCACUUAACAGCAGGAAAAGGGGCAGCGUCUCCUGUUCCUAGAAUGCCUAGGAGACCUGCAUGGUGUAGGCACGGGAAGUCAAAAAGAUUGCUUUCAUUUUUACUUUUUUACAAUGCUGAAAAAUAGUUGUGUGAAGGGUUUUGGUUUUUUUUCCUAGUUUUUCAUUAUCACGUUAUUUCCUUGUUGCCCUCCUUUGUUUAAAUGUAAACUGUCCUAUGUUGCCCCACAUUGCCUGGGAUGUGGCUGUACGUUCGGUGCCUGUGGCGGGGAGGCAGCUCGCGUCUGAUCACGUAGAUAAUCUACCAUGCUCAGCUUGUUUACUCGCUGUAUUUAUGUUCUCUUUGGUUGUGAAUAUGGGAAUGUUCAUCAGAUGGCUGAAUGCUGUGUUGGCACCAGAUACAAGUUCCCGAGUCAUCUUCUAUGAGAAGUAUUUAAGUAUCAAUAAGAAAUAAGCAUUCUGUCAGUGGUCCAGGGGUAGGGUCCAGCAGCUGGGUCUGUUUGCUGGCACUAGUACAGUACAGGUAGUCAGCCCGUCAUGGUACAGCUACCCCCUUUUCUGCCAACAGAGCCUUUCAAUUUGAUUUCUUUUUUCCAGCUGAGCCCUUCGUUGAUUUAAGAUUACUAUCUUGAUUUCGUGUAUUAGGACAAGUGAUACAGUCCUUAACUCUUACUGACGUCUAAAUUCUCAUCUCCCCUUAGGGGCUGAAUCAAUGCUGAAAUUUCUCUUGGUCUGGCAUUUCACCUACCUGACAUAGCAAAGGGAUGGUAGUUCGAGACACUGAUGGGGCCAGCUAGAAUUUUGCCUGGUCUGAGGAUGUCUCACUGCCGCCGUGGAAACUCAGCCUUUUGUCCUAGCAUCUGUUUUUUUUUUUUUUUAAACUGGUAAGCACUGUCAAAGGCAAAAAGCUUAGCAAAAAUACUGUGUAAACCGAAGCCUCUUUUUCUAGCUCUGCCCAUCCUAUGGAGUGGGUGCCCCAGUGCUAGAGCAAUACCCGUAGCUGCUGCUCUACAAUCACUCUUAAGCAUCUGGGUUUGGUUAGAAAGGGUUACGCUGCCAGCUGAAAGCAUCUGAGCUGCCGGAUUACUUCCUAAAGUGUCCUGGUUCCCCCCUAGCUGGUGUCACAAAUCAGCUCCUGCCAGCUGCUGUCACCAAAGGCCUCAAAAAUAGUAAGUAUCAGGUCAGCUCUCUAUUGCGGACAGAGCUCUUCCCUUGGGGAAGAGGGCUGCUGUGCGGCAGCCGCUGCGCGGAGGAAAGGGCUGAACAUUGGCCAGGUGACCUUGCGAGGCACAGAGGAAAGACAGAAUUAGCGGAGGGAGGGAGAAGCAAGGCAGAAGGUCAGUAACCACUGUACCAGACUGGUACUGCAACUGUGGUUGGCAGUGAGCCAUUUACAGAGGGUCUCUUAGAGCAGGGCUGCUUACCCUUGAUGUCUAAGAAGCCCCAUUUGUGCUACUGUAAGGCUACGCGGACCUGCCUGAGGCGGAAGGUGCUGCUGUGGGACAGGGCGAGUGGAAAACAUCAUCCGCUUCUCAGAGCGGGUCCUGCUAGGAACACCCUGUUGGCUGCGUCAGGUCUCUUCACGUGACAAGUAGCCUUACCCUUCAGCAGCAAUGGUUAUAUCACAAAGCUGUACAAAUUAUUUUUUCUUACUGAUCUCGCAAUGUCCAAUAAAAAUUGAUAUC